GUGUUGCGUCGUAUAUAGGGUUAUAAUAAUCCCGAUUCCUGUGUUUGAAUUUGCCAUGUUUUGAAUAAUAUUCCACACGUUUUGUUAUAAAAAUAAAUUGAGAAAAUGGUUCAAGAUAUGGAGGAGAAUUUCCCAAGAGGUGGUAAAAAUGUUACCAAAGCAGUGAAACGCAAACCCAAAAAUGAUACGCUCUUUGGAAAUCCAACUAAAAAACAAAAGAAAGAAAAAGUGGAGAAAAAGGCCAUAGUGGAUGUUGAUCAAAUAAUAACAAAUGUAGGAAUGCUCACAAGACAGACAAUUUCGGAAGGAAUGAAAGUUUUGGCAUGCAUCAAGAAAAUCACAGAAAAUGCUCUUGAAGUAGAGUUACCUGGAUUAAUAAUUGGAAAGGUUAUGAUCGAUUCGAUAUCUGAAACUUUGGUGAAAACAUUGAGAAAAGCUUUAUCAGAUUCUUCAAAAAUUACUUCAGUUUCAGAAAUAUUGAAAUCUUUUUUCCAUUGUGGACAAUAUGUUCCCCUGUACAUAAAAACAAUACAAGUAACUGAUGACAAAAGUGUAAUAUUUGGAAGUAUUUCCCCAAAAGAUGUGAACAGUGAUAGGCGACACAAUUCCUUCAAAAAAGGAGAAUUAAUAUGGGCUUCUAUUUCGUCGGAGUUGGAUCAUGGAUAUCAACUUGAGUGUGGUGUUGCAAAUUGUAGGAUAUUUUUACCAAAUCAAUAUAUAGAGGAAGGAACUAAAUUAGAUGUUGGACAGCCUAUUUGGUGUAAAGUACAUAGAGUUGAUAGUGAUAAUGCUGCAUCUACUCUUAGAGUUGGAAUUAAAAGACAGCAUAUUGAUUCAGUGCUUACUGAUGACACCAUUCCAUUGAAUUCAAUCUUACCAGGAACAAAGGUAGAAGUUUAUGUUGAAAAGGUCAUAAAAAAUGGCAUACGAUGUAAAUUUCUCGAAAAUUACACUGGUUUCAUUCAUGAAUCUCAGUUAUACCCUGCAAUGAAGAGCUUGAAAACCAUAAAGGAAGCUUCGAUAAUGUGUGCAUAUGUGUUGUAUGUGGAAAAUAUCACCAAAAUUGCCCAGUUGAGUAUGAGGGGUUUGGAUUCAAAUUAUGAGAUAAUAUUCGAAAGAGGAACUAAAGUAUCAGGCGAAGUUAUUGGAAAAAAUGAAAUAGGGGUUUAUUUCAAACUAAAUAAGCAAGAAAAGGGUUGGAUAUCAAACAAACGUCUAUUGAAUACUUCGGCUGGAAACACUAAAAGUGACAAUUACUUGAAUGAAAAAUUUUCGAAAGGAAGUAAACACCGGUGUGUUGUCUUGAGUUACAGUCAUAUGGAUCGUGUAUAUAUAUGCAGUAUAGAAAAAGAACUUCUCAAAGAGAAGUAUUUUUCAUAUCUUGACUUGAAAGUUGGCGAACUUGUUGAAGGAACAAUACAAGAAAUUAAAAAGAAUGGAAUUGUCUUAACUGUUGGAAAAGUGAAAGGAUUCGUUCCCAACAUUCAUCUGACCGAUGUGUUAUACUCUGAAUUUUUGAAGAGGAAAUUCGCUGUGGGCUCCAAGGUCAAAGCACGGGUGUUCUCAUCAAAUGAAAAGAGUGUCAUCUUCACAUUGAAGCAAUCAUUCCUCAAGGAUGACAAAUGUUUUUCUGAUGUCGAAUCGGUUAUCAAGAAUGAAGUUUAUCCAGCACUUGUGUUAAAAGCUAAAAAUCAUGGAGUGGCUUUGUCUUUUUAUAACAAUAUCGAAGGUUAUGUCCCAUUCAAAGAAUACAACUUUCCAAUAACCCAAGAAUAUAGAGACAAUCCUUCUUCAUUUUUCUAUUCAGGACAAGUGAUUAAAGUCCGUGUCAUCAAAGUUCAAACAGACAAAGUGGUCGCUUCGUUGAAACUGGAUGCCAGUAUAAAUGUCUCCAUUGAAUUAGGGAAAAAUGUGAAAGGCAUUGUCAAGGAAAAAGAAGAAAAUGGUUUGAGAGUGUUUAUUAGCAAGUUGAACAUAGAAGGUUUUGUUCCAGUAGAACAUUUAAGCAUAGAUUCAUCUCUUUGUCGACCAAUGCUAGAAACAUACAGUGAAGAUGAUGAAAUUUCGAAUCUCAUGGUAUUGAAAACAGACGAGACUGGAACGAUAUUAUCGAGAAGAGAAGCUAUAGCUUAUGAAAGAUGCGAUUUGAAGGUGCCAAAGUUCCAAAACAUCAAGAAAAAUACCAUACUCAGAUGUUCCAUCGAAUCAAUAGAAGAUAACGGUGUCUUCGUGUAUUCACCUAUCAAAAAUUUCAAUAAAAAACUGUUUGUAAAAAAAAAGUAUGUCACUAAAGACAAAACGAUGCCAAAGUUCGAAGUUAAUCAAGGUGUUCUAGCCAAGGUGAUCGAAAUUGAUAGGGUAAACGAAACUAUUGAACUCAGUUUGAAAUCGGAAAAUGUUUUCGACAAAAACUAUCAGAAUUCAAUCAGUUUAUUCAUUGAAUAUUUGGCAGAUGAAGAAUACUUGAGGAAGUAUGGAUCUGAAAAUAACUGGCCCAUUAAUGAUUAUGAUUUAUGCGAAAAGGUACAAUGUACAGUUAAGCAAUCGACAAAUAAAGGAUGUUUGGUAGAAUUACCAAAUGGUGUUAGGGGAUUGGUGGUUCCAACUUUAUCUACAGCGGUGAAAAAGGGUGAUGAAGUGGAAGGUAUGGUCUUAGGCUACAAUUAUCAACUGAAUUAUGUGGAACUUUGCUUGAAUCCGACAGUUAUGAAAACAAUAAAUUCAAAUCAAGAUGGAAUGAUACCAGAAAAUGAGCCUCAGUUCACACUAAACAAACUACUCACUAGAGAUCAAUAUGUUUUAGCUGUUACUCGUAAAUCGGCUAACAGACAAUUAGUGUAUCUACCGUUAAGAUUGUGCGAGAACGAUUCCAAUGAUUAUUUGAAAAAGUAUUAUGAAACUGAUACUUUCAAAGUCGAUAUUUGCGGCAAAUACGAAGACAAACUAAUAGGUUUCCAUAAGAAAUUGAAACAUUCUUUGGAUUACACAUACAUACUGAAAAAUACAAAUUGGUCGGAACUGGAUGCUUCGCUUUACAGCGAGGAAGUUGAUUCUUUAAAUACUUCACAAGAAAGUUUCGACGGAGAACCAUCUCAACAAGAAUCGGUAGAAAGUGACAACGAAGAUAUUGACUCGGAAGAGGAAGAAUGUGACAUAACACCUGAAGAUGAAGACGUUGAAAUGGAAGAAUUAAGUGACACGAAUAAAGAUUCCGGUGUUUACUCUAACUCUCUUAAUGGUACAACGAAUGGAAGUGAAAAAGGAGUUGUAGCAGAAUCUGAGGUCAAUGAUGAUUCAGAAAAAAGGAAGACUAAAAUUAGAUUUAGUGGUGAGGAAAGAAGACAGUUCGAAGAUAGAGAUCAAAUAAAUUGUCCCUUGGCUGUGUUACCUUCGAUCUCUAACUUUUUCACUGCUGAAUUGACUAAAGAAAAAGAUGAUUCUUCUUCAGAUGAUGAAGAUGAAGAGGAUAAUGACAUGUCGAAAAAGAAGAAGUUGUCUGCUGCCGAAAAGAGAAAGAAAAAAGACAAAAAUGAAGAUUCUAAAAAUGUUCAACAAGUAGCAGACCCAACAACACAAGAAGAUGAAAGUGUUGAACACUAUGAGCAACUUCUUAUGAAUAACCCAAAUUCAUCUACAUUGUGGUUAAAAUAUAUUGCUUUCUGUAUAGCCACAUUUGAACACGAAAAAGCCAGAAUUAUUGCAAAAAGAGCAUUGGCAUCCAUUAGUACGACUUGUGAAGAUGAUAAAUUCAAUAUCUGGAUGACGUUACUGAAUAUUGAGAAUUCAUAUGGAUCAAAGGAAUCUUUUGACAAUGUUUUUGAUGAAGCUAUAAAAUACAACGAUGCCUUCAAAAUAUACAUGAGAGUAACGGAACUUCUCUUCAAAAGUGGUAAACACGUUGAAAUGGAAGAUAAGAUUCGAAAAAUGAGGGCUAAAUUCAAAAACGAACCGGAAAUGUGGGUUCACAUUGCCAAAUUGUAUUACCUGAUUGGAAAUUUCCAGGAGGCUAGAAACGUAAAGAAUUUGUGUUUGAAAUCGGUUACGAUAAAAAAAGAACAAUACAACCUCAUUUUGAAAUUUGCCAUAUUGGAAUUCGCUCAUGGAGAGAUUGAUACUGGGAUAAUGAUUUUCGAAAGCGUAUUGGUUUCUUAUCCGAACAAAGUGGGAGCUUGGUUGGUAUACAUCGAUCAACUCAUAAGCAAGAAUCAAAUAAAGGAAGCAAGGGAUGUUUUGAACAGAGCUAUCACUCUUACCCUUCCUUUGAAAUCCAUUAAAGUAAUUUAUCAAAAGUACAGGACAUUUGAAGAGAAAUAUGGAACUCCAGCAACUUUUGCUGCAUUCAAAGAAAAGGCAAAGAGUAUUUUACAGGAAAAAAUACAAGCGGUAUCGUAGUCAUGUUAUGAAAAUUUAAAAAUAACCUGUUUUAAGUCUGUUUCAUCUUAUAAAUAAUUUUGUUAUAUUUGAAUAAAUAGUUUUGAAAUAAAA